UUGUUCCGGUCACGUGAUCAUGUUUUGACGCAUCGACACCCUGCAGGUGACGUGGAACAUGGGGACGAUAACGCUUAAAACAAGCUCGAUUGUUGAAGUUGCCAGAAGGAGCCAGCGUUGGCAUACUGCAGGAUUACCAUAUUGUAGCAGCCAGAUAGUAUUCUUAUGAGAACUCCCUGAGAGUCCUGUGAUCUCCAGUCAUGGCUAGUCCAGAUGAUCUAAAGUUUCAGGAGUUUGACGAAGCUGCAGAUCUCCUGUCUUCAAACCCUGGAGCUGCAACCCUCAGCAUCUCCAGCCCCAGCGCCGCAGCCUCCUCUGGAGAAGUUAAAGUGGAUUUGUCAGACGAUGAAGACAAUCAGCAAGAGAGUUCAGAGUUGCUUGCAGGUGAAAAACAAACUGGUGGUUUUUGGACGUUUGAAUACUAUCAGUCGUUCUUCAACGUAGAUACAGUGCAGGUGCUGGAUAGGAUAAAGGGCUCAGUUAUGCCUUUGCCAGGAAGGAAUUUCGUCAAACACAACAUUCGAAGUAACCCUGAUCUUUAUGGUCCUUUCUGGAUCUGUGUGACUCUAGUGUUCUCAGUGGCCAUCAGUGGAAACAUCUUCAAAUUUCUAAGUGAAAUGGGAGACACAGAUUAUCACUACAGACCUGAAUUCCACAGAGUCUCAAUCGCAGCAGUUGCUGUGUUCCUGUAUGCAUGGCUGGUGCCUCUAGGAGUUUGGGGCUUCCUAACAUGGCGUCAAAGUGUUGAGAGACAGAUCAGCGGUUACACGUUUUUAGAGACUGUUUGUGUGUACGGGUACUCUCUCUUCAUUUAUAUCCCUACCUCGAUAUUAUGGACCAUUCCCUUAUACUGGCUCCAGUGGCUGUUGAUUGUCAUUGCCAUGGUGAUCUCUGGCUCUGUGUUGGUCAUGACAUUCUGGCCGGCUGUUCGCGACGACACAAAACUAACGGCUUUCACUACCAUGGCAGUUAUAGUGUCACUUCAUGCCCUUCUGGCUGUUGGCUGCAAGCUCUACUUCUUCCAAACGGCAACGUACACAGGAUCAUCACACUCCGGCCAACAGAUUACCCCAGCCUCAAAUCACACAGCACUUAACGUAGGAAAACAUCAAUGACCAGCUGAACGGGAACCUAGGAGUCUUUAGAUUCAAAGGACAUAGAAAAUACAAUGAAGGAGUUCUGAUAAGUGUGCUAAUGCUAGACGCACACACGCAUUCCCAGCAAGUCCAUCGAAAGUGUUUCCAGUCUGUAACUAACCUAGCAGAUGAAAUAACCUCCCUCAGAUCAAAAGUGAAAUCACAGUAAUGAUUUACUGACGACUUUAGUUUGUAGUAUUUUUCUUGAAAACAUUUAUUACCUUUAAUUUGAUAGGGUGUUGUCCAUUUUUGUAUUUCUUGCAUUACUGUGAACUGAUUUGAGGUUUGCCUUAUAACCCCUGACUGCUCUCUUUCCUUUCAAGACUACUUUCUCUCACUGUUCUGUAAAUUGAGAGGAAGUACCUGUAUUGAGUAUUUAAUUUUGCUUUCCUGGGCAGUUUUCUGUUUGAUGACACUGUGGAUUAAAAUCAUUCUUGUCAGGGUGGACCUUUUCAUUUUGAGCUUGUUUGGUAUGAAUGGAUAUGACACUCUUACUUUGGGCCAAACAUUUCUAAUUAGAUUUGCUUUGUGCUCUUAAAGGGUUAGUUCACCCAAAAAUUAAAAUUCUGUCACUAAUUACUCACCCUCAUGUCGUUCCAAAACCGUAAGACUCGCUCAUCUUUGGAACAAAAAUUAAGAUAUUUUUGAUUAAAUCUGAGCGCUUUCUGUUCCUCCAUUCACAGCGAUGCAACUGACAAUUUGACACUUCAAAAAGGUUCAUAAAGAGAUCGUAAAACUAAUCAAUAUGAUUUGAGCAGUUUAGUCCAAAUUUUCUGAAGAGACACGAUCGAUUUAUAUGAUGAACAGAUUUAAUUUAGGGUUUUAUUCUCAUAUAAACAUUCAUCAACUCACACAUAAGUCGUGGUAAACAGAAGCUCAAGCAUGUUUGCUUGAUGCCUGUGAAAACCAACAUGGUUCAUUCUCGUGUGUUACGCAGUAUGUUUGAGCUUCCACAAGAGGUUUGUUCUCACUUGUCAAGCAGGUUCGGUUGAGCUUCUGUUUAUGUUUGCUGAUCAAUGGUUAAAUGUGAAUAAAAGCUUAAAUUAUAUCUCUUGGUCAUAUAAAGCAAUUGAGUCUCUUCAGAAAAUUUGGAUUAAAGCACUCGAUUCAUAUGGAUUAGUUUUAUGAUCUCUUUAUGAACUUUUUUUUUAAGUGUCAAAUUGUCAGUUGCAUAGACGGUCUAUGGAGGGACAGAAAUCUCUCAGAUUUCAUCAAAAAUAUCUUCAUUUGUGUUCUGAAGAUGAACGAAGGUCUUACGGGUGUGGAACAACAUGAGGGUGAGUAAUUAAUGACAGAAUUUUCAUUUUUGGGUAAACUAACCCUUUAAAGGGGUAGUUCAACCAGAAGAGACAAUUCUGUCAUUAACUCACCUCAUGUCGUGCAAAAUGAGGAAUUCUCAAGAUAUCUAUGUUCUACAGAAGAAACUCAUUCAGUUUUGAAAUGACAUGAGGAUGAGCAAAAAAUAAACCAUCCUUUUCAAAACAAAGUUAAAAAAAAAAAAUACUUAAAUGUAUUUGAAAUACAUUUAUUUUGUGCUAAGUAUACUACAAAUACAUUUACAUAUUUAUGUGCUUAAAAAUACCCUGCAACUGUUCUUUUGGUAUACUUAAAAUCUGCUAAAUUGGAACUAAUUAAUUGUGUGGAAGUAGUGUUGUGGUCCAACUAGAUUUACUUCAGUAUAUUUAAUUGUGCUGAAGUGAAACUAUUGCAUACUUUUGGUACACUUUAAAUAUCUUGCAUUUAAAGACUGAUAUUAUACAGAGAUCAUACAAUCCUUAUUAAUAGUGAUAUUAAAACACUUUUUAGGCAUAAUAUUAGGAAAUGUGCACUGUGCAAUAAAGAAAUACUCCAAAUAAAGUUUAAUUAUAAUUUCA